AUGAGAGUUGCAGAACCUGGUGAAUUUGUAGUCCAAACCGCUUCCGUUUCUGUCAACGGUGAAAACGAGAGAGAAUUAGUAGGUGACAGCAUAAUUGCAGAGGAGGACCCGUCUUCUCCACCACCGCUUUUGGAUACUUCCAAGCAUCAUAAUCAAGAGGUCCACUCCUUCACCGAUAUUUUUGUUGCGUGUUUGGCAUGGUGGCUUUCCUUGGAUUCCACUGUGGAGGAUGUUAUCUUCUCCACCCUGAUGGUGCAGAAAUUGAGGAUUGCGGCUGCUAAUAGACAACAAGCUUCCAUUGAAAUGGGGGAGUUCACGCAGGGCGAGUAUGUUGCUGUCGAUGAAUUACCUUCUACCAGGGCAAAUCACUCAAGGAAAGUUUCAGUUCUUCCUCUUGUUUUUCUCAUCUUCUAUGAGGUUUCAGGGGGGCCUUUUGGGGUGGAGGAUACUGUGCAGGCAGCUGGUCCUCUGUUAGCCCUCCUUGGAUUUUUGGUUUUCCCAUUAAUAUGGAGUAUUCCUGAAGCUUUGAUCACUGCUGAGAUGGGUACCAUGUUCCCUGAAAACAGUGGUUAUGUGGUUUGGGUUUCCUCUGCUUUGGGUCCCUACUGGGGGUUUCAGCAAGGUUGGAUGAAAUGGCUGAGUGGGGUGAUAGACAAUGCUUUAUACCCAGUUCUCUUUCUUGACUAUCUGAAGUCAGGAGUCCCAGCUUUAGGUGGUGGUUUUCCUAGAGUUGCUGCAACAUUGGGUCUGACUAUUGUGCUCACUUACUUGAACUAUAGGGGUAUGGUCAUUGUGGGAUGGGUUGCUGUUUGUUUGGGGAUUUUCUCACUCCUCCCUUUUGUGGUAAUGGGGUUCUUGGCAAUUCCAGAUCUAAAGCCUUCAAGAUGGGCUGUGACAAAUCUCAAUGAUGUUGACUGGAAUUUGUAUCUGAAUACUCUAUUUUGGAAUCUUAACUAUUGGGACUCCAUAAGUACUCUUUCUGGAGAAGUGGAAAAUCCAAAGAAAACUCUUCCAAGGGCUUUGUUUUACGCUGUGAUCCUAGUAGUUCUAGGCUACUUCUUUCCUCUUCUGAUAGGUACUGGUGCUGUUCCCCUCAACCGGGAUCUGUGGUCGGAUGGCUACUUCGCCGAAGUUGCUUUACUUAUAGGAGGAGCAUGGUUGAGAUGGUGGCUUCAGGCCGCAGCUGCAAUGUCAAAUAUGGGAAUGUUUGUUGCUGAAAUGAGCAGUGAUUCUUUCCAGCUCCUAGGGAUGGCUGAGAGGGGAAUGUUGCCCGAGUUCUUUAGCAAGAGGUCUCGCCAUGGAACACCUCUCAUAGGAAUACUCUUUUCAGCAUCAGGUGUGAUUUUACUUUCAUGGCUGAGCUUUCAAGAAAUUGUAGCUGCAGAGAAUUUCUUGUACUGUUUUGGAAUGAUUUUGGAGUUUAUUGCAUUCAUCCUAUUAAGGAUCAAACACCCCAAUGCUUCUCGCCCUUACAAGAUACCAGGGGGAACAGCUGGAGCAAUUUUCAUCUGUAUCCCUCCGACAAUAUUGAUUUGUGUAGUGCUGUAUUUCUCCUCCCUCAAAGUAAUGGUUGUAAGCCUUUUUGCUAUGGCAAUAGGCCUUGUGUUGCAGCCUUGCCUGAAAUAUGUUGAGAAAAAUAGAUGGAUGAAGUUUUCUCAGAGUUCUGAGCUCCCUGAUUUUGACAAUCAGGAGGAGAGUCGCACUUUGGUGUAUUAA